ACCACAACCCAGUUCCUCGUGCUAGUGUAUUAACUUGAAUCUUCUCCUUCUUCACGUCGGCCAAUUCAACGAUGGGGACAAGGGGCUUGAUUAACCUGCCCACUUCUCUCUCGCCUCCAAGCGGUCGCUGCACCUCGUCCGUGUCCGGCCUACCAUGCGGGGUGCUCCCGGUGCGAUGGAGCAGAUCUCCCCGGCCGACCGCCGCCAGAGGGGCCAAGAACAGGCAGCUGCUAGAAGUCGGAGAAAGUGCUGCGGGCAUGCAAAACCAGCUGUUAGGAUUAGUGAAUGGCAUGGAGAAGAAGAAGGCUAGGGAGACUAGAACAAAGCAGCAGCUCCAGGCACCAUCUUCCGACAACGCGGCAGGGGUGGCUACGGCGGCGCCCUUGCCUGGCUCCCCUGAGAUCCAAUGCUUCCCAACGACUGCGAAGACCAUACAUCGACAACUUUCCACGGUGGAUGUCCUCGAAAAGAUCGGAAUAUCUCGGCAUUUUGCCGCUCAGAUCAAGAGUAUCCUUGAAUUCACUUACAGCCGCUGGUUGCAGAGAGAUGAGGAGAUCAUGCUGGACACGGAGACAUGUGCCAUGGCAUUUCGUAUCCUACGGAUGAACGGAUACGACGUCUCAUCUGAUGGCCUAUCACAUCUUACCGAAGCAUCCGUUGAUCUGAAUGACACGAGAUCUUUGUUAGAACUAUACAAGGUUUCGCAACUCAGUACCUCGAAAGACGAGUUGAUUCUGGACAUUAUAGGAUUCUGGUCAGGUCGCCUACUGAAGGAACAGCUGAGCUCCAGUAAGGCACAAAGAACCCCACUUCUGAGAGAGGUGCGACAUGCUCUUCAUAGCCCCUUCUACACCACGUUGGACCGUCUAGAGCAUAAGAUGAACAUCGAAGAAUUUGACUUUCUGGGGCAUCAGAUGCUAUACUUCAGGCCUUGGCAAAGAAAUCAGGACCUUCUAGCCUUGGGUGUCAUGGAUUUCAAUACAAGUCAACUUGUGUACCAACAAGAACUUCAACAUCUAGAGAGUUGGGUGAAAGAGAGAAGGUUAAACCAGUUACCUUUUGCACGACAAAAGUUGGCCUAUUUCUACCUGUCUGCCGCCGGCACCAUGUUUCCUGGAGAGUUAUCUGAUGCUCGCAUUCUAUGGGCCAAGAACGGUGCUCUUACGACGGUGGUUGACGACUUCUUCGACGCUGGGGGGUCAAAAGAAGAAUUAGAGAAUCUCACAACAUUAGUUGAGAUGUGGGAUAGGCACGACGAAAUACAGUACUACUCCAAACAUGUAGAGAUUGUUUUUUCUGCAAUCUACAGCUCGGUGAACCAGCUUGGAGCAAAGGCUUCGGCGGUGCAGGGCCGCAAUGUCACCAAGCACUUUGUAGACAUAUGGCAAGAUUUGUUGAGAAAUAUGAUGACCGAGGUGGAGUGGAGGGAGACCAGAUACAUUCCAAGACCAGAGGAGUACAUGGAGAAUGCAGUUGUGACAUUUGCACUGGGCCCCGUUGUGCUCCCAGCACUAUACUUUAUUGGGCCAAAAAUUACGGAGUAUACCGUCGGAGAUACUGAGUAUAAGGAGCUAUUCAGACUAAUGAGCACUUGUGGACGCCUCUUGAACGAUGUCCAAACUUACGAGAGGGAGUACAUGGAUGGUAAAAUAAAUAGCGUAUCUCUGCUCGUUCAUCAUAGUGGUGGAUCGAUGACCAUACCAGAGGCCAGGGAAGAGUUACAGGAGCCCAUAGAGAAUUGCAGGAGAGACCUGUUAAGGUUGGUGCUCAAACAAGACAGCGCCGUGCCUAGACAAUGCAAGGAGUUGUUCUGGAAAAUGUGCAAGACAUGCUACUUUUUCUACUACAAAGGAGACGCGUUCAGCUCAGCAGAGAAGGCUGGUGCUGUGGACGCGGUGAUCCAUGAGCCGCUCCAGCUCCCCAUGGAUCUACUACUCCCUGGUCUCGACUUGUCCUCUUUGUGUGUGUGAGAAAAAAUUGAUUCAGUAUUAAUUAUUCUCACUUGUAUAUAAUCAUUGAUACAUGUUUGCUUUGGUGCACUUUUUUUUUAUAGAAAAACUGGCACUUUGCCACUGGCAAAUGCCAGGGCGUCAUCGUUACUGUGUGGAAAGUUUCAAGUACUUGUUCUUAUUUCAUGUA